AUUUUAGCGCGCUUUAUUUGGCGGGAUUUGUGGUGGUUGGUUUUGUCUGCAUCUGUCCUGAGUUUGUUUAGUUAAGACAAAAUGUUCGAAGCCAGAUUAGUUCAAGGUGCCUUAUUAAAGAAGGUUUUAGAAGCCAUUAAAGAUCUUAUUAAUGAAGCAACGUGGGAUUGUGCGGCCACGGGAAUCAGUUUACAAGCCAUGGACAAUUCUCACGUCAGUUUGGUUUCCCUCAAUCUGAGAAGUGAUGGCUUCGAUAAAUUCCGAUGUGAUCGAAAUUUAUCAAUGGGUAUCAAUUUAACCAGCAUGUCGAAGAUUCUGAAGUGUGCAGCCAAUGAUGACAUUAUAACAAUUAAAGCACAAGAUGAUGCAGACACUGUAACAUUUGUUUUUGAAGCACCAAAUCAAGAGAAAAUCUCAGAUUACGAGAUGAAGCUCAUGAAUUUAGACACGGAACAUUUAGGAAUUCCGGAUACAGAAUACAGUGUGGUGGUUAAAAUGCCAUCUUCUGAAUUUCAAAGAAUAUGUCGGGAUUUGAGUCAAAUUGGAGAUUCUGUGUCAAUCACCUGUACCAAAGACGGUGUGAAGUUCUCAGUGAGUGGAGAUCUAGGCACAGGAAAUGUCAAACUUUCUCAGACUGCUAAUGUUGAUAAAGAAGAAGAAGCAGUGAUUAUUGACAUGCAAGAACCGGUGUCACUGACUUUUGCUCUAAGAUAUUUGAAUUCUUUUACUAAGGCAACCCCAUUAUCUCCUCAAGUGCAGAUUUCCAUCUCUGCAGAUGUUCCACUAGUUGUCGAGUACAAAAUUGAAGAUAUGGGCUACAUACGAUACUAUUUGGCACCGAAAAUUGAAGACUCAGAUGAAUAAAUUAAAUAUGUAUUUUUACAUUUUUACUGACUUGUGUAAUUUUUUUCAAUAAAGCAAUCUUUGUUUAUACUGAUUUUUGUUU